UGGGUUGUCCACCUGUCUUUCCAUCUGUCGUCGAUGCACCAUUUGUUCUUGUGCAGAGAGGACUGCAGCUACUAGAGGACGAGGACAGACUGAGGAGAGACAGGUGGACCAUCAGAGGACGAGGACAGACUGAGUAGAGACAGGUGGAUCGUCAGGGGACAGGAACAGACCAAGGAAAGACAGGUGGACCAUCAGAAGACGGGAACAGACCGGAGGGAAGAUGCUGACGCUGUUGACCUCCAUGUAUCUGGUGGUGAGGGCGGUUUCUUCACAGGCUGAACCGAUCCGUGUGGUGGUGACCGGCGCUGCUGGCCAGAUCGCCUACUCCCUGCUCUACAGCAUCGCCAAGGGAGACGUGUUCGGCAAAGACCAGCCCAUCGUCUUGAUCCUGCUGGACAUCUCCCCCAUGCUGCCGGUGCUGGACGGAGUCGUCAUGGAGCUCCAGGACUGUGCCCUCCCUCUCCUGAGGGAGGUCAUUCCCACUGACAAGGUGGAGGUGGGCUUCAAGGACAUCGACGCCGCCAUCUUGGUGGGCUCCAUGCCCAGGAAGGAGGGCAUGGAGAGGAAGGACCUCCUGAAGGCCAACGUGGCCAUCUUCAAGACUCAGGGAGCCGCCCUGGACAAGUACGCCAAGAAGACCGUCAAGGUUGUGGUGGUUGGAAACCCGGCAAACACCAACUGUCUGAUCGCCUCCAAGUCUGCUCCAUCCAUUCCCAAAGAGAACUUCUCCUGCCUGACCCGCCUGGACCACAACAGAGCCUCCUCCCAGGUGGCGAUGCGUUGCGGCGUGUCCUGUGACAGCGUGAAGAACGUCAUCAUCUGGGGGAACCACUCCUCCACCCAGUACCCUGAUGUCCACCACGCCAAGGUCACCCUGCAGGGCUCCGAGGUGGCGGCCUACGACGCCGUCAAGAACGAAGCUUGGCUCAGAGGAGACUUCAUCUCUACGGUGCAGCAGCGUGGCGCCGCCGUCAUCAAGGCCAGGAAACUGUCCAGCGCCAUGUCCGCCGCCAAGGCCAUCUGUGACCACAUGAGGGACAUCUGGUUUGGCACCAAGGACGGUGAGUUCAUCUCCAUGGGCGUCUACGCUGGUGGAAACUCUUACGGCAUCCCAGAGGACCUCAUCUACUCCUUCCCCGUCCAGAUCAAGAACAAGACCUGGAAGGUGGUCGACGGACUCUCCAUCAACGACUUCUCCCGGGCCAAGAUGGAGGCCACGGCAGCAGAGCUGGUGGAGGAGCGAGACACCGCCAUGGACUUCCUGUCCCAGUGACUGUCGCCUCCUGCUGGCCAACUGCAGCACUUAGAUUCCCUGAAGGCUGGCUGCUCUCGGCUCUGAAGACGACUCCAUCAUCACAGUCACCGUCCGAGCUGAUGGCUGCGUGUCACCUCUGUGUGUGUGUGAGUGUGUGUGUGUUUGUGUGUUUGUGUGAAUGUGUCGAGGCCAAACCUGUUCAGUGACCACGACCUGGCCUCCUCCAUCUGCAGAACACCCAGAGAACCUCUCUGUUGGUACAUGGUAACACAGACUAGCUGUCCUCCAACUCUUAACGGUUCCCACCAAUAAAAGUACAAGGAAACCCA